GGAGGUCGUAAUACACGCAGUGUUACCAAGUUAUUACCGGUUUUAAGUUUCCACAAAGCUCCACCCAUUAACGUUAACAAGCUCAGCACCGAAGAACUUUUUAAAAGUUUAAAAUUAAAUUCUUCAUUACAAAAACAAAAUUAUCGAAGUUUUGCUGCCGACUUUGUAAAACCGGUUGAAGAACGCAUCGGAGCUCAAGUUGAAAUUUAUAGCGAAAAAGAUGUCUGGUAUGCCGCCAGGAUUAGACGCAGAGAUGUGGUUUAUGAGAAGCUAAUGAAGGGAAGGACGUCGGAGUGGUAUCAAGUCCACUUCGAAGGGUGGGGAAGCGAAUAUGAUGAGUGGAUACGGCUGGCGGAUCUUCAUCCUCGCACGGAAAAAAGCGUGUUUGGGCCGCUGGGCCCGGAAUCCGAGCUCAAGUGGAGAAGAAUCCAGCUUUACAACAAGGAGGCUCCUGAGGAUUUACGACGGACGGGGCUCGUCUAUGACCCGUGCACCCUGCGGCAUGCGUGCACGUGCAUUGACCACGAAGCGAACCAUCCAGAGACGGCAUGUGCUUUCUCCUUCCUCUCAUCCCUUGCAAGUGCUGAGCCCCCUUCACAGUCCAGCCGCGUGGCGAGCGUCCUGCAGAUCAUGGAAGACAGCGAGUUGCUCGACCGUGUGGUGGGCGUCCGCGGCUGCGAAGCAGUCAAGGCUGAGGUUUCUGCAGUCCACUCUUCUAGUCACGUGGAGUCCUUCGGCGGUAAAAAAUAUGGAGGCGCCGAAAAACAGCCGAAAGAUUUAAGAAGAAUGCAAUGCGGCGGAAGCGGCCUCGCCACGGAUACGGUCUUCAACGGCGAAGACACUUCUUUGGCUUCACGUGUGGCGGCUGGCUGCGUGGUGAGCCUUAUGUUCGCCGUUGUUAAAAACGUGGUUACCAAUGGGUUCGCAGUUGUUCGUCCUCCUGGCCAUCAUGCGGAAAGAAACAAAGCCAUGGGCUUUUGUGUGUUCAACAAUGUGAGUGUGGCAGUGAGGGCGGCGCAGCGUAGGCUCGCUGUGAAAAGGGUUCUGAUAGUCGAUUGGGACGUCCACCACGGGAAUGGGACCCAAAGCAUAUUUUACGACGACUCUAGCGUCCUUUUUAUCUCCAUUCACCGGCACGAUAAUGGCACCUUCUAUCCGUUUUCCGGCGCAGUCGGGGAAUUUGGAGAAAAGGCGGGAAAGGGCUACUCCGUCAACAUUCCUUGGAGCGACGUCGAAAGCGCACCUCCUGGAAACACCGAGUACUUGGCGGCGUUUCACCACAUUGUCCUUCCAAUUGCCCGCGAGUUCGGACCCGAGCUGGUGUUCGUUUCGGCCGGAUUUGAUGCCGCAGAGGGCGAUGCCAUCGGCGGUUGCCGGGUCACGCCGGAAGGGUUUGCCCACAUGACUGCUCUGCUUCUCUCUCUUGCGGGCGGCCGCGUUAUUUUGUGCUUGGAAGGGGGCUACCACAACUCAUCGUUGUCUGCGGGCGCGGCGGCUUGCUUGAGGGUCCUUCUUGGCCAAUCCCCACCUCCUUUGAGCCGGGAUUCCGGACACGGCAAAGCGCACGAUUACAAUAAGCCGCAUGAAAAGUCGGUUAGCGCCUUUCACAAAGUCAUCCGAACCCACAUUCGAUAUUGGAAGUGUAUGAAAAAUCUAAACGAUCUAGUGGCAAACCGUAACAAGGCUUGCUUAAAGCAACCACAGCCCAAUAAUAGUGAUCCUUAUACUAAUAAUAGUAGCGAGAUUGGUUUUAUUAGUAAUAGAAUUGAUGAUGAUUGUGAAGAUGGCAAAAAUAAUAGUAAUAGUAAAUAUAAUAGUAGUAAUAAUAAUAAAAAUAAAGAUAUUGAUAGUAAAUUCGAAUUCCGAGUUCCUCCAUGUUUAUAUGAGCAAGCAACUUUUACAACUAAUUUUCGCCAGUAA